CGCGCCGCGCUGCGGCCGCCCGCGGGCGAGGCGGCGGCCGCCGGAGAGGCGCCCGCGCUGCGCGCAGCGGUGGUGGGGGCGCUGUGGCGCGCAGCGCGCAGCGGGUCAGCGGGCUUCACGGCGGGCGUGUGCCAGGUCGUCGCCUUCAUGUGGCUCCGCACGGCGAUGAACUACCAGUACAAGAACGGCGGCAGCCUGCGGCACGCGCUCACCGCGCUGUGGGCGGAGGGGGGCCUGCCGCGCUUGUACCGCGGCCUGCUGCCCUGGGGGCUGGCGCAGGCCCCGCUGGCCCGCUUCGGCGACACGGCCGCGAACGAGGGGGUGUUGGCCAUGCCAGAGGCCAACCAGGGGGCGGCCCUCACGCGCGCGGUGGAGCCCAGGGUUGGGUUCGCGCAACGUUCCACCCACCCCGCGAGGCGGGAGGGGCGCUGCGUCAGAGGCGCCUGCGUUCCCGGUCUGCCGGUGGGGGCCGUGACGCUGCUGGGGUCAUUGGCGGCCUCCAGCUGGCGCGUGGCGAUCACGCCCAUCCAGGAGGUCAAGGCGGGCGGCGUCGCAGUCCUCUGGUACGGCUGGGAGGGCAACCUGGUGGCGAACAUCGUCGGCGGCUACCCGUGGUUUGUCACCGUGAACGCGCUCUCGGCGGCGGUCCCGGAGCCCCCGGGCUUCUGGGCGGCACGCGUUCGGCAUGCGCUCAUCGGCGCGGUGGCCGCGACCGUCAGCGACCUGGCGUCCAACUCGAUCCGAGUGCUGAAGACGCAGAAGCAGACGAGCCAGGACCCCUCCGCGGGCUACCUGCAGGCGGCGAGGGCCGUCAUCGCGAGGGACGGCGUCAGGGGGCUCUUCCUGCGGGGCCUGGAGACGCGGAUCUGCACCAACGUUCUGCAGGGGGCUUUCUUCACGGUGCUCUCGCUUCCCCACCCCCCCUUCCUUCCGAGGAGGCGCAACCACGGAUUUGAGCGCACAACCUGGCGACGGGUCCCGCUUCCAUGCAGCAUCGGAGCGCUCCGUCGCCAAGCCGGGCGGCACUGGCUUCAUGAUCCGGGAGGCAGUGAGCUUGGCUCCCACGCGCCAGAUCCACGGGUCCGCUAUCCCCCUCCGCUUCGCCGUCCCUUCGUCCUCUCCCCCGUCCUGCCUUCUUCUCAUCCGUGGCGUCUCUGCUGCGAUGGCCCACGGCGCCGAUGCCUCGGCAGAUCAUGCCUCGGGCACGCCUGGGCCGUGCCGUGCUCGCGCCCUCCAUUUCGUCUCCCCGCUCCCCCGCUCAUCCCCCCCUUGUCUCUCGCUCUCUCUCUCUCUCUCAUAUCCCUUCCACCCGAUGUCUCAGCCUCCCUUCUGUUCAUCCCCCCCCCUCACCCCACCACCCGGUGCCUCAGCCUCCCCUCCCCCUCCCGUCCCCUCCUCCCCCUCCCCGGGCCAUCGCAUUUAUGUUUCACAUGUCCGAGGCCACUGCCCCCACGCCGUGCCCUGAUGGGCGAUGGGCACGGCGGGCGGGCCCCUCAGAGGAGCGCGCACGACUCCGGCGUUCGCUUCGCUCCGCCCCUCGUCCGCCUCCCCCCCGCCCUCCCCCCCAUUUCGGACGGACGAGGAUCAACUUGUGGAGGGCGAUAA